GGUUUCUGCAGUACGAAUACAUUACCGAUACACAUGUCAAACAUACGUCUUUCUGAUUUCACGACAAUCAACAUUAAAGAGAAUUCUCAAUAGGAGAUUGAUGUAAAUUAUACCCUACGUUGAAAUUGAAAUGCUACAUAGAUACUGAAAUUCGCUUUUGUAAUAAUAGCAGCACGGAAUAAGAGAGGGAAUGGAUGAUAUUGAUCAGUUCUUUCAGAAUUCAGAUUAUAACACUAUUCGAGUACUAUUAAGUGCUGCUGGUCUAUGGCCUUUUCAUACACGUAUCAGACGCUACGCAAUAAAUCUCGUAAUAAUGCUAAUAAUCGGAUGUGACUUUAUAUUCCAGCUAUUGGAUACGAUUGCAAUUCGGCAUGAUUUCUUCGCAGUAAUCCAUUCUCUCCCGUUGAUACUUGGCACUAUUAUAAUCAUAAAUAAAACAAUCUGUUCGAUAUACAAUUUACCACAGAUAAAAAUACUUCUAACAAUGAUGUACGAGUACAGUAUUUCCCUCAAAUCGGAUGAGGAAAUUAAGCUACACAAUUUGCGCGUGCAAAAUGGGCGAAAGUUAUGCAACGCUUACAUGGGUUUUAUAGUAAGCCAUAGCAUUCUUUAUUAUAUAAUUUCAUCAUUAAUGAUUUUCUACACAAAAUACAUUGAGACUGAAGAGUUAUCAAACAAUACGCUACAUGACCAGAUAUCAGGAAUACCUAAUUCAAUUAAUUCUACAUUGGUUGAUGAAGACACGGAAUCCCUUCCAAUUUUUAUAUAUAGCAUCGUAUCUGAUUGUGUAAUUAUGUUUACAAUAACCGUAUCCGAUGUUCUAUAUGUAACAAUGACCGAGUAUUGCUGCGGUUUGUUUGCAGCUUUGAGAUAUCGGUUGGAAUUUGCGUUAGAAUUUGAUAACGACGAAUUAACAAUGCUAGAUAAUAAAUCUUACUUGAAUGUGGUGUAUAGUAUUCGCAGACACACAGAAACAAUACAGUUUGUUACUAACUUGGAGGCAAUAUUUAGUUCAAACCUUAUGGUUCAUGUGGGAUUGCUCGUACUUAUUUUAGCCUGCCUGGUAUAUGAGGUGACAGUCAUAGGAAAAGUCAUGGGAACAAAUUACAUUAUACAAACUAUUGCUUAUUUAAACUUUAUUUUACUUAACAUAUUCUUUGAAAAUUGGCAGGGUCAAAAAAUUAUAGAUUCUAGCGAAAAAGUGUUUGAAUCCGCGUAUAACGCAGAGUGGUACAGUAUGCCGAUAGCAUCGAGAAAGCUUCUCAUAAUGUUGAUGAUGAAAACUGAAAAACCAUUGAUGCUAAGAAUGGGUAAACUCGUUGUAUUGUCAUAUGUAACUUUCAAUGCGGUUUUGCGUACAUCAUCGUCAUACUUUAUGCUACUACAAUCUCUGCAAUGAAAGUUUGAAUUAAUUAGUAAUAUUUACAUUAUUACAUAUUAUCACAUUCUAGCACAACAGAUAAAAAUCUUAUAAGAUCGCACAUUAACAGAAUAAAUUUCCAUCCAGUGCUUUUUCAUGUGGGUAUUUAAGUAAAACUAAAACGUAUUCAUUUCUAAACUAAAGAAUAUAAUCCUUUUAAAAUAAGAAUUUUACAUUAAACCGUUAAAAACUAUAAAAUAUAUAACGCAUAAAUAUAUAAAACAUACAAAAUAUUUUUUAAUCAAUUUUACAUUAAUCUGU